CGACAAUUGAACUGAGGUGACGUUGACAGCUCUUAUAGACCUCUCAACCCACAAGUGGGUAGAGAUUCCUCUCUUUAAAUAAGAUCACCCACAUGAAUUUGAGAUCUACAAACCACCUCAGAUUCGCGUCGAGACAACUGCUACACACCGCGAAGAUGCCAGCCUUCGUUCUCCACGGCUCUCCUACCUCGACGAACACCGCGCGUGUCCGCUUGACUCUUGCAGAAGGAAACUUCACCGACUACGAACUCGUCCUCCUUAAUCUCCAUAAGGGAGAGCAAAAGUCCGAAGAGCAUAAGAAGCGCCACCCCUGGGGCAAAGUGCCCACCGUCACCUUUCCCGACGGCUUCACGCUCUACGAGAGCCGUGCCAUCUGCAAGUACCUCGCGACCAAGUACUCCAUUCCGCUUCUCCCGCCGAGCUCCGACGCCGAAGCCACGGCGUCCUUCGAUGAAGCGCAGUCCGUCGAGACGCUCUACUUCGCCGAGCCCGUGGCUAAGAUCGCCUUUGAGAAGUUCGUCAAGAAAUUCAAGGGCCUUCCGCCCGACGAAAAGGUCGUUGCCGACUCGCUGCAGGCGCUAGAGACGUAUUUUGACGCCGCCGAGAAUCUACUGCAGAAGAGGAGCUACAUGGCCGGCGAAAGCUUCACCCUUGUAGACAUCUACUACAUCCCGCUGAUGCAGAGGCUUUUCGCAGUUGGGUCCGGCGAGUUAAUCACCAGUCACAAGGCUGUCAAUGCCUGGUACGACCGCUGCGUGAGUCGGCCGGCGAUCCAGAAGGUGCUGGCCGCUGACAAGGAGGCUGCGGCCGCUGCGGGUGGAAAGAAGUAGCAACGGUAGCCAGUGGUACCUCGGAGAUCAAUGAUACUGGCAGGAGCAAGGAUGAUCGGGAAAAAGCUCAGUGAAGCACAAUAUUCUACAGUCGCGGUAGACAGGACACUUGUUAUAGCAGCCCCAGACUCAGGCAUACAGUCGGUCCGAUCCAAAAGCAACAAAUAAAAAUAAAAAUUACCACAAUACUAGUUGAUAUAAAUCGUAUUAAUUAAAACGAUACUAUAUACUCUAGGGAUUAAUUCUAUACUCUCGAAAUUAUAAUAUCUUUAUUAUUAAGGGAGUUAUAAUAUAUGUAAUUAAGCGAGCAAAUAUAUUCGCGU